ACUCCUCUCCACGCGUCUUUAAAGUCAAAGUCUCCCAUCACUCAUCCUUAAUUUCCUCUUUUGUCCUCGUACAAUUUAUCUUUUUCCGAGCAUCUACUGUAUAAAUGUGUGUGAUAAGCACACCUAUUUCUGACAAUAUUCUCGUUCGCUACCUUAAUUUAGUAGUGCUGCAAUUUUCAGUUGUUUCUGAUAAAAAUUCCUCGUCAGCACCAACUUUGAAAAUAAUAAAGAGUGAGCUAAAUACUUAUUAACGUACUUUGGUGUGGGUUUUGAGGCGAGGAGGAAGAAUACAGAAAAUGGCCGGAGGCAGCGGAGGAAGGAGUCUGGAGCAGACGCCGACGUGGGCUGUUGCCGUCGUUUGUUUCAUUCUCGUCGCCAUUUCCAUUGUCAUCGAAUAUAUUAUCCACUUAAUAGCAGAGUGGCUGAAAUCCAAACAUAAAAGAGCUUUAUAUGAAGCACUGGAGAAGGUCAAGUCAGAGUUGAUGCUGCUAGGGUUUAUAUCGUUGCUGCUGACAGUGGGACAAGGGCCAAUAUCAGAAAUAUGUAUAUCGGAGGAGGCUGCCGCCACGUGGCACCCAUGCAACAAGAAACAAGAGGCAAAGAAGUACCCGUUGGACAAAAUCGAGGCCCAAACCCGCCGGAGACUUCUCAUGGAUAGCGGCGGCCAUGCUGACAGCUUCCGCCGAAUCUUGGCUGCCGGCGCACCUGACAAAUGCGCGGCCAAGGGCAAGGUAGCAUUUAUAUCUUCAGAUGGUAUUCAUCAGCUGCAUAUUUUCAUAUUUGUUUUGGCUAUUUUUCACGUCCUAUAUUGUAUCACCACCCUGGCUUUGGGAAGAGCUAAGAUGAGCCGUUGGAAAGCAUGGGAAAAAGAAACAAGAACUGUAGAAUACCAAUUUUCUCACGACCCAGAGAGAUUUAGGUUUGCAAGAGAAACAUCAUUUGGGAGAAGACACUUGAGCUUCUGGAGCAAAACGCCAUUUCUCUUGUGGAUUGUUUGCUUCUUUAGACAAUUUGUAAGAUCAGUUCCAAAAGUCGACUAUUUGACUUUACGCCAUGGAUUUAUUAUGGCACAUUUGGCACCACAAAGCCAUGCUAACUUCGAUUUUCAGAAGUACAUAAAUAGGUCACUUGAAGAGGACUUCAAAGUGGUCGUUGGAAUUAGUCCACCCAUUUGGUUUCUGGCCGUCCUGUUCUUACUUUUCAAUACUCAUGGCUGGUAUUCCUAUCUCUGGCUGCCAUUCGUCCCCUUGAUUAUAAUAUUGUUGGUGGGGACGAAAUUACAAGUGAUAAUUACGAAAAUGGGGCUGAGAAUUCAAGAACGCGGCGAAGUGGUGAAGGGUGUUCCAGUGGUUCAACCGGGAGAUGACCUUUUUUGGUUCAAUCGUCCUCGCCUCCUUCUCUAUCUUAUCAAUUUUGUACUUUUUCAGAACGCAUUUCAGCUUGCCUUCUUCGCCUGGAGCUGGUAUGAAUUCGGGAUGAGAACGUGUUUCCAUGAACAUAUAGAGGAUAUCAUUAUCAGAAUGUCAAUGGGGAUUCUCAUACAGAUCCUUUGCAGCUACGUCACUCUCCCUCUUUACGCCCUUGUGACUCAGAUGGGAACAAGCAUGAAGCCAACGAUAUUCAACGACAGAGUAGCGACGGCCCUACGAAACUGGCACCACACGGCCAAGAAACACGUCAAGCAAAGCAAGCAUUCCGCGGCGGCCACGCCGACAUCGAGCCACCCCGUGACGCCGUCGCACGGGAUGUCGCCAAUCCACCUCCUCCGCCAUCACCCGAGCGAAACGGACAGCCCCCAAAUGUCCACAACAAACCCUAAUUACUACUACGGAGACCACAGCGACACCGAGGGCUCCACGCCGUCCCCACCACGCUUCCACCAGAGAGCCGACUACGGAUUACCGUUUCACCACCACAUCGACUCUGAGCACCACCGCGACUCCGGCUCCUCACAGGUGGCGCCGCUGCCUGACCAACACGAGAUCGAUAUUGUUGUGCCGCCAAAUAACUUUUCGUUUGAUAACAGAGCAAGUAAUAAUAGUAUACAUAAGACUUAAGGACUCUGGAUAUAUUCCGUUGAGCUCCAAAAUUGUAUAGUCCCACAAAAUGGAAUCUUUUUCCUUUUAAUAAUAUUUCAGUUCGACCUAUUAUUUCAGUUCAA